AUGUCCCUCGACGACAAACGCGAUGUCCGCAACCAUCUCCUCUUCGAAUGCGCCUGGGAGGUCGCAAACAAAGUCGGCGGCAUCUACACCGUCAUAAAGACCAAGGUCCCCGUUACUGUCUCCGAGUACGGCGAUAGGUAUUGUCUCAUCGGCCCGCUCAGCUACAAGACCGCCCCCAUGGAAGUCGAGGCGGAGGAGCCCUCAGAUCCAUACAUGGCAUCGACCCUCGAAGGAAUGCGAGCGCAAGGAGUAAAGGCGCUGUACGGCAGAUGGCUCGUCGAAGGGAACCCCCACGUCCUGCUCUUCGACACGAGCAGCCAGUAUUCGCGUUUGGACGAGUGGAAAGGAGACCUGUGGAACCUUGCGGGCAUUCCUUCCCCCCCGAAUGAUCACGAAACCAACGAAACGAUUGUAUUCGGCUAUCUGGUCGCUUGGUUCUUAGGCGAGUAUGUUUCCCGCCAAUUGACGACAGCGGUCGUCGCACAUUUCCACGAGUGGCAAGCGGGACUUGCCAUCCCUCUAUGCAGGAAGAGGCACAUCGACGUAACGACCGUUUUUACGACCCACGCAACACUCCUCGGUCGCUAUCUCUGCGCAGGUUCCGUCGACUUCUAUAACAACCUCCAGUACUUUGAUGUUGACCAUGAAGCCGGGAAGCGAGGCAUCUAUCACCGCUACUGCAUCGAACGCUCUGCGGCACAUUGCGCGGACGUCUUCACAACCGUCUCCCAUAUCACAGCAUAUGAAAGCGAGCAUCUUCUCAAGAGGAAGCCAGAUGGGGUUCUGCCGAACGGCCUCAACGUAGUCAAAUUCCAAGCUAUGCACGAGUUCCAGAACCUUCAUUCGACGGCCAAAGCCAAAAUCAACGAGUUUGUCCGCGGCCAUUUCUAUGGGCAUCUCGACUUUGACCUGGAUAAUACCCUCUACUUUUUUACGGCCGGCAGAUAUGAAUAUAGGAACAAGGGUGUAGAUAUGUUCAUCGAGUCGUUGGCACGUCUCAACUACCGUCUCAAGAAGGCCGGCUCGACCAUUACUGUCGUCGCGUUCAUCAUCAUGCCGGCCGCGACCCAUUCAUACACGAUCGAAGCCUUGAAAGGACAAGCCGUCACUAAGCAGUUACGCGACACCGUGACAGAAAUCCAGCAUCGCAUCGGUGCGCGACUUUUCGACCAUGCGGCCCGCUUCUACGGCGAUUCCAAAGCCAUCCCAACACCCACUGAACUCCUCUCGGAGGAAGAUCAAGUUCUGCUGAAGCGCCGCAUCUUCGCCUUGAAGCGAAACUCCCUGCCCCCGAUCGUCACUCACAACAUGGCCGACGAUGCAAGCGACCCGAUUCUUGGGCAAAUCCGCCGCGUACAGUUGUUCAAUAAUACGAGCGAUCGCGUGAAGAUUGUGUUCCACCCCGACUUUUUGAACUCCAACAACCCAAUUCUAGGGAUGGAUUACGAGGAGUUUGUGCGUGGAUGUCACUUGGGUGUGUUCCCCAGUUACUACGAGCCAUGGGGGUACACCCCCGCCGAGUGUACCGUCAUGGGUAUUCCGAGCGUUACCACCAACCUUAGUGGGUUCGGGUGCUUCAUGCAAGACCUAAUCGAACGGCCGCAAGACGAAGGAUGCUACAUUGUGGAUAGACGUAUGCAGAGUGUCGAGGAAAGCGUGGAGCAGUUGACUAGCUGCAUGGAAUCCUUUGCGAACAAGACACGCCGCCAGCGCAUUAACCAGCGCAACCGUGUCGAACGCCUUUCGCCGCUGCUUGAUUGGAAGAAUUUGGGGAUAGAAUACAGCAAGGCUCGUCAGCUUGCGUUGAGGAGGGCAUAUCCGGAUGCGUUCUAUGGCAAUGACGGCAACGGUCAAUUUGGGGAGGUAGAUGAUGAAUGGGAGGCUGGCGUGGAGAGGAUGCCGCCAAACAGCAUGCCAGCAAGUCCAAGGCUGCGAGGGAUGGCGACUCCGGGGGAUAUUGGUACGCUGACGGAAGAAAUGCAGGCACUCGGGACCAGCGACUAUCGUGGAUAUAAUUGGCCUGGGGAUGAGGAAGAUGGGUAUCCAUUCCCGUUGGUGAUGAAGGUUCGAUCCAGGUCGGGAAGUGUUAUGAGCGGAGCUAGCACGCCAGGAGGAGGUGCCUUUAAGAGCCUGAGCGAGAGAGACUUGGAACAGGCCGACGCGGCGCUCAGUCAGGUUAAUGGGACUGUAAAUGGUGCUGCGAAUGGACACAAAUAG